UCUCUAUUCAUUUACAUUAUCUGAUGGUAUAAAAUAAUAUUUUUCAACCCUUUUCCGGUCAAAAGUCGGCCAUUUGGAAACUAAAAAUCAAGCCCAAAGCAAUCUGGCAGUUCUCCAUAGACCCCUCGCAGCUGUUGCUUUGUUUAAAUCUUGUGUGGACCCAACACAUCCGCCAGCACAAUUUCGUAUGUCAUUAUUCUUCGUUUUCUGUUACUGUAAAAUUCUUACAAUCUCGAGCUGGAUUUUUUUAAGAACAUCUAUUCGAUACAGACGUCAUGAAGCUCAACACUACGUAGUCACAAAUACUUUUAAAUUUUAAGUUAAGUUUUCAGGUUCAGUCUUAAUUAUAAGAAAGUUUUGUAACAAAAAUGAAUUAAAUAAAUAUGUGGUAACGUAAGUCCCCACAUUCUUAUCAGCUGAUAGUUUCUCUACUCCCCAUUUGCCAUGCAUACUACUCCAUCAUUCUUGGCCCAAUACAAAUUCUUAAUCUUGAAAAUUGUAUAUUCGUUUUUACUAUUUUAGCAUGAUGAUAUUUCUAUAUGGUUGUAUAAAAGAUAGUUUUUACUCUUUCUAACUUUAGAUUCCCCUAUUAAUUAGAAAUGGCAGUGAAUUUACAUGUGUUAAGAAAAGCUGGAAAAGUGUUUGUUUUGUGAUUGUUUUGUGAUAUGUGUUACCUCCGUUUUGGAGGGUUGUUGGAGGCAGUUUUUGCGAAAUUUACUAGACGGUAAAAGUUUACGGCUGAUUGCCGCUCUAUAAGUUGUUCACCAAUUGUUAUAUUACGAAGUUUUCUCGUAUAUUUAGUCCAAUAAGUUGGUUUUGAUUACAAUAAUAAUACUCGAAUAAGUUCCUUGAGCACUCAUAUUUAUCCUAAAUUCUGCAAGAUGCUGGAUUCCCUUUACAAUUAUUGGGCAAAUUUACCAGGUUAUCAUGUAUUAGGUUUUGGAUUAAUCGCUUAUUUUACCUAUUAUCUUAUACUAGUGGUUAAACGCCCAACAUUCGUUUGUGCCGAAGGACCACUUAAGAAUUAUCUUCUGCGGGAAAUACCAACAUUGAGUGUAAAGUUUUGGCCUACAUUUUGGUGUUUAGACAGUCGCGCCCAAACAGUUUUUGCCAGUGUAUUACGUUCCAAAGUUAUACCCCCUAUUAACUAUAAAAGAGAAAUUUACACUCUGAAAGAUGGAGGGGAAGUAGCUUUGGACUGGAUGGACACUAAUUGCAAUUCAAAUUCACCUUGCAUUAUUAUUUUACCCGGCUUGACGGGUAAUUCACAAGACGAAUAUGUUAAGUGCCUUGUAUAUGCCGCCAAUAAUUCUGGCAUACGUGUUAUCGUCUUCAAUAAUCGCGGACUUGGUGGUGUGACUAUCAAAACGCCACGCCUCUACAACGCCUGUAACUGUGAAGAUUUGGCUGAGAUAGUGCAACAUGUUCGAAAUGUAUUGCCUGCACACUGCAAAAUAGGAGCUACUGGUGUUUCAAUGGGUGGGCUAGUGCUGGGCAACUAUUUGGCACGUAGAAGCCAGGAGGCGCGGACGUAUUUGUCGGCAGCUAAAAUUAUUUCAGUACCUUGGAAUGUACAUAAAGCUAUUGAUAGUAUAGAGCAACCUAUAUUAAAUAAUCUUCUCGGCCGUAUAUUGACGCGAAAUAUGUAUCGUACAUUGAAGAGAAGUGGACUGCACGAACAUCUGGAGCUCGAUAUGAGAAGCAUUAAAACAUGCAAAACAAUUAGAGAAUUCGACACCAGUUUUACUAUUAAACAUUUUGGUUAUCCCAGCGUAGAAGAUUACUACAACGAUGCCACUUUGCAAGAUAAAUUGCAGCACAUCUCCGUGCCACUACUUUGUUUAAGUGCUGCCGAUGAUCCAUUUCAACCACUUGAUGCCAUUCCCAUUCAGGCGGCAAACGAAAGCAGUCACGUGGCUAUUAUCGUAACUGCUCGUGGAGGUCACAUUGGAUUUCUAGAGGGAUGUUUUCCUUCGGCUAAAGAUCAGUACAUAAGCCGUGUUUUCGUAGAAUACUUUACCAAAGCCUUAUUUGACGAAGAAGGUGAAUUUCAACGAAUUAAAGAAGAUCUUAACCGAACAUAUCUUGAAAAACAUAGUGAUUUGAAAGUUUAAUAUUAUAUAAUAUUUUAAACAUAUUUGUUGACGAUUUUACUGGUUAAUUAAAUGAAUAAGUCGUUACUCAAUAUAUAUAUGAAUGAUUAAAAUAGAGAAAUGGAAAAAAGCUACUAAAUUUGAGGCGAUAUAUUGCAUUUAUUGUCUUGUCCAUAUUUUUUACAAUAAGUUCAAAAUUUUAACGGGACUGGAUCUAAGAGCAAUCUCUUACAACGCGGGGCUGCCAAUCUCGAUAUUUUGUAGUAAUUAAAAAAUACACUUGAAUAUAUUGAAAAUAUUCUUAAAAUAACUCAAAA